CUGCAGCGGAAAAGCAACACUGAUUGGCUGCUGUAGAGGUGCAGAAGAGAAUUUAAUACACAGAAUCUAGUUCUACUUCAGACUAAGUGUCAAAGCUCUGACACAGUUAUGGAGUUGAAAACAAUUCUUUCUAUUUUUGUUGCUACCCUGCUCUGUGGGCUAUGUGCUGCUGGGCCUGCAGGGAAAGAGUUUGCGCUAUCCUUUAUGCAGAAUUACAAACCAGGGAACACAGGAGGUCCAGCACGUUUCAUUGUAGAGGUCUCUAGCCCCCCAAAUUCUCUCUUAAGCACAAAGGUGAAGGUGACUGCCCUGGGAAAAGUCUUUGAGACGACUCUUCAGCCAGGAAGUGGUGAGUCUUUCCAGCUUCCUGAUGGGGUAGAGAUGAUUGGAAGCACAAGAAACAAUCAGACUGUCCAGGUAGAAGCUGAUCAGGACAUUCUGGUGUUGUCACUAAACUCUAAGCCCUACACAGCCGACACUUCAGUGAUCUACCCUGUCCAAGACUGGGGGACAGAGUAUUACAUCUAUACUCCACAAAUGGGUCCACCUGAUCAAUAUAAAGAGUUCUCCAUUACCAAUCAAGGCAUACUAAACACUGUGGAGAUUCAGUUGAAUGGUAUGGUGACAUUUGAAGGGCAGCAAUAUCCACAAGGUAGCAAACUUGUCAUUGAUUUGGAGCCAUUUGAAAGUGUGCAAAUCCAAAGUAAAGAUGAUUUGACUGGCUCCAAAGUAUCUGCUAAGCAACCAGUGGCAGUCUUCACAGGACACAGCUGUACCUGGUAUUUUACAGACGGUAAUCAUGUGUAUGAACAACUGCUUCCUGUAAGUAGCUGGGGAAAGGAGUUUAUAGUUGCAACUCUUGCAUACACAAAACCCUCAUACAGAUUCGAUACAGUAAUCAUUCAGGCUUCAGAGAACACUCAAAUCCAAAUCACUACUCAAGAUGGUGUAGCUUCACCAAAACAAAUGGUGGCUGGAGAAACGCUCUAUAUCAAUCUUCCGUAUCCAAACUCUCUGCAUUUUACCACUGAUAAAGGAGUUCAAGUGCUAUAUGAGUUUAAUGGAGGAAUCAAUCAAAAUGGAGAAACAAAUGACCCCUUCCUCAUUACUGUCCUGUCGACAGACCGCUUUAGCACCUCAUAUACAAUGGAGAGUCAAGCUGGCUUUACCAAUGAAGCUAUUAUUGUAGCUCAGACCAAAGACUUGGGAAAACUGACACUAGAUAAAAAUCCAUUACCAAAUGACCUUCAGUGGACUCAAGCAGGGGAAAGUGAAUACUCAUGGACACAGAUUAGUUAUGCUGAAGGCACAGGCUUCCAUCAGGUCUCCCAUCCAGACUCACCUUUCGCUCUCUACAGCUUUGGUGCAUCAAUAUACAAUGGAUAUGGAUCUCCGGCCCCUGGUAAUCCUCCAGCUACAGUCGGUAUCUGCUGGGUCAUGGGAGAUCCACAUUACCGUACAUUUGAUGGCAGUUACUACAACUUCAUGGGCAACUGUACAUAUACCAUGGCCAAAAACUGCCGUGUGGACAGUUUUCACCCCGCUUUUGAAGUCCAAACUGAGAAUGAACACCUUGGCAGUACAAAAGCCACCACUGUCAACAAAAUCAUUGUCAAUGUCUAUGGUACAAACAUCACAAUUGUCCGCCACGAGACUGGGAUUGUACGAAUUAGUGAUUCACUCUGGUACCUUCCAAUCUCCUUGGACAAUGGCAGAGUAACCCUUCAGCAAAGUGGUCUGUCAGUUAUUAUCAAGACAGACUUUGGAGUGUCAGUGCAGUAUGACUGGGAUCAAUAUUUGGUGGUGAAUAUACCAGGGAGCUUCAUGGGAAGGAUGUGUGGCAUGUGUGGGAACUUCAAUGGGAAGAAAGAGGAUGACCUUACCACUCCCACUGGCAGUGUAGCAGGCAGUAUUCCACAACUGGGAAAGAGCUGGAGAGUACAAGGCUUACCAGGAGAUGCCUACUGCAGUGAUGAUUGUGUGGGCCAGUGUGAAAGCUGUCAGGGAGAAUCAUGGUUUGAACGUUUGGCUGCAAAGGCCUUCUGUCACGUGGUCACCAUUCUCACUGAUGGUCCAUUCAAACAUUGCAACUCUGUCAUUGAUCCCAAGGUUUUCUAUGAAAAUUGCCUUUUUGACUACUGCAUGGGAAAAGGAUACAAAAACUUCCUAUGUAAGACAGCAGAGAUUUAUACAGAUGCUUGUCAACGAGCUGGUGUCCAUGUGCACAACUGGAGACACAUUAUUGGCUGUUCUACCCCUAAAUGUCCGGCAAACAGUCACUUUGAGUACUGUGCCUGUCCUGCUACCUGUGAGAAUCCAACUCCUUCUGCUGAAUGUAAAGCAAACUGUGUAGAGGCUUGCACUUGUGAUGAUGGAUACUUCUGGAGCGGAAACAAGUGUGUCCUUAAGACUCAGUGUGGCUGCAUGUACAAAAGUGGAGGUGAUGAGCGUUACUUACAGGCUGGAGAAUCCAUCUGGGCUGAUGACAACUGCAGCAAAGAGUGCACCUGCAACCCAACAAAUGGUCAAGUUGUAUGUGAAAAUAGCGGCUGCUCAGGUGGAACAGAAUGCACUGUAGUCAAUGGGAUCAGAGGCUGCCAUCCAGUACAUCAUGCCACCUGUAAUAUCUAUGGAGAUCCUCACUACAACACGUUUGACAACAGCACCUACGACUUCCAGGGCACUUGUAAUUACAUUGCCGCUGAGGGCUGCCAGCUGGAGGGAACACAACUCACUCCAUUUGCAGUUAUAGUAGAGAAUGCAGAGUGGAAUGAGAUCCAAGCCAGUCCAAAUGUCUCUAUGACCAAGGUGGUGAUUGUCCAAGUGUACGGCAUGACAUUAGUGCUGCAAAGGAAUCAACUAUAUCAGAUAAUGGUUAAUGGAUUAUUGAUCAACAUUCCUGCAAAUUUGGUUGAUGGAAAAGUGAGGGUCCAGCGAGAAGGAAAUCAAAACGUAAUAUUAACAGACCUGGGCCUGAGAGUUGCCUAUGAUAUGGUUUAUCAUGUCACCAUUACAGUCCCAAGCAGCUAUGCAGGAAAGACCUGUGGCAUGUGUGGAAACUUUAAUGGUAAUAAAAAUGACGAUUUCCUGUUGCCAAAUGGCAAGGAAACCAAAGACCUGAAAACAUUUGGAGCAGCUUGGAAAGUACCUGUUCCCGGUACUAAGUGUGAUGAUGGCUGCAGUGGUGAUUUCUGUCCAAAAUGCCCUGAAGAUAAGAAAAUUGCAUUUGAAAAGGACUGUGGUAUUAUUGCCAACCCUGAAGGUCCAUUCGCUGCCUGUCACAGUGUAAUUAACCCUGAAUCCUACUUCAACAAUUGUGCCUAUGAUGUCUGCAUGGGCAAAGGAAAUAAGAAUAUGCUCUGUAAAGACCUUGCUGCAUACAUGGCUGCCUGUCAGGAGGCAGGCGUUAAUGUUAAAAAUUGGAGAACACCAACAUUUUGUCCUUUUACCUGUCCUGCCAACAGUGUCUAUGUAACCUGUGCAAAGGCAUGUGACACACCUUGUCCUGGCCUUACUGACGUAAUGAAGUGUAAUAUUCAGACCUGUGCUGAAGGCUGCAUUUGUCAACCUGGAUUCUUUAACAAUGGGACUGGCUGCGUUACAGCAGAUCACUGUAGCUGUUAUGAGAAUGGACGCACCUAUAAGAUUAAUGAGACUGUCAUCACAGAAUCUUGCCAAGAAAGUUUGACAUGUCUUCCCUCUGGAGAAGUAAGUCAUAAAACCAUAGAAUGCAGUUCUAUUGAAGUCUGUGAGAAAAAGAAUGGCGUUCGUGGCUGCUAUCCAAAAAGUAGUGGUACCUGUUGGGUCAUGGGAGAUCCACAUUACCGUACUUUUGAUGGCGAGUACUACAACUUCAUGGCAAUUGUACUUACAUCAUGGCUAAAAACUGCCAUGUAGACAAUGAUCACCCAGCAUUUGAAGUCCAGGCCGUGAAUAAACGCACUGGAAGCUCAAAAGGCACCAGUGUCAGUGGAGUCAUCAUUGAAGUCUAUGGUCAAACCAUCACCGUUGUCCAACAUGAGAAUGGGCUU